AUGGAACCUCUCGCGAUUAUCGGUUUGAGCGUCAAGUUUCCGCAAGAUGCAACGUCACCAGAAGAGUUCUGGGAGAUGCUGCGAGAGGGGAGAUCAGCAGCCUCAAAGGUCCCAGAAGACAGAUUCAAUGUUGACGCCUUCUAUCACCCAGACCCCAACAGGUUGGACAGUCUGCGUGUCCGUGACGCUCAUUUCAUGAAAGAAGACCCUCGCGCAUUUGACGCCCCGUUCUUCAACAUGUCGCCGGCAGAGGCUUCAGUCCUGGAUCCGCAACAACGUGGUCUGCUGGAGGGUGCAUAUCACUGUCUCGAGAACGCAGGCAUUUCAAUCCCCAAUAUUACCGGCUCCAACACAUCUGUUUUUGUGGCCUGCUUUGGGCGCGACUACGAUGCUUUCAUUGCGCGGGACGUCGAAUCAAUGUCCCGUUACCAUGCCACAGGCAGCGGCAGCAGCAUGCUGGCCAACCGCAUAUCUCAUGCCUUUGAUCUGAGAGGUCCUUCAAUCACUGUCGAUACUGCCUGCUCGGCAGGUUUAUCGGCCUUCCACCUGGCCUGUCAAAGUGUGCGCAGUGGCGAAAGCGACCUCUCACUUGUCUGCGGCGGCAACACGUACCUGACACCUGAAUCGCUCACGAUUCCUCUGGAUGACGCCGGGUUUUUGUCACCAGACGGCCGCUGUUACAGCUUCGAUCACAAGGCCAACGGCUACGCACGGGGUGAAGGUUUCGGCUGUGUCGCGGUGAAGAAAUUGAGCCAUGCCAUCCGUGACGGCAACGUCAUUCGCGCCGUUGUCAGAGCCACGGGUGUGAAUCAAGACGGGAAAACACCAAGCAUCACCCAGCCCAGUCUAGAGGCCCAGAUCGCUCUUAUCCGUAAGACGUAUGAGCAAGCAGGACUGGGUUUCUCGACGACCGAGUACGUCGAGGCUCACGGCACAGGGACGGCUGUCGGAGACCCGAUCGAAGCCAGAGCUAUCGGAGAAGUCUUCCGCAAAUCGAGAAGAACGCCUUUGCAUAUUGGCUCGGUCAAGAGCAACAUCGGGCACCUCGAAGGUGCCAGUGGCCUCGCCGGCAUCAUCAAGACUGUUCUCGUCCUGGAGAAUGGAAUUAUCCCCCCAAUCUGCAACUUUGAGAAAGUCAACCCCGCCAUCAGCGAGGAAGAGUUGCGACUCAGCUUUCCAACCAAUGCCGUCUCUUGGCCAAACGCUGGCCUGCGUAGGGCAUCCGUCAGCUCUUUCGGAUACGGCGGUUCCAAUGGACACGUUAUUCUGGAGGACGCUGGUAAUUACUUGCGUAUCCACGGUCUCCAAGGACACCACAAGUCUGUCGACAUGUCGUCUUCUCGGCUCCCAGUUGCCUCCACCAACAGCUCAUUGGACACACCAAGGUCGUCGGCUUCGUCGUCAGCAGAUGUUUCUCGUCUCAGUGGCAGCAACCUUGGUCUAAUUAGAAGUUUUUCCUCCAGGCUUGAGAACCUGGACUUAGGUACUCGUACAGAGACGAUAGGAAUCAUCCCCCUGAGCUCAGCAGACGAAGACGGCCCAUCUCGACUAGCGACUACCCUGUCAUCGCAUUUCAAGGACGUCAAGCACGACUUACUUGAUAUUCUCCACACACUAUCGCGUCAUAGAACUCAUCUUCCUUGGCGCUCGUUUGUUGUCAUGAAUUCCAGCGACGACCUCGAGACUCUGGCAGACUUCACGUCUCCGGCGGUGCGAGCCUCUCACAAUAAUCCCGUCCUUCACUUCGUCUUUACCGGACAAGGUGCCGCCUGGCCUCGUAUGGGUCUCGAUCUUCUUCGUUACGAAUCCUUCAAAGAGAGCGUCGUUGAUGCGGACAACUACCUCUCGUCGAAGCUUGGCAACCAAUGGAGCGUCCUAACUGAGCUGUCAAAGUCCCUAGCCGAAGCAAGCAGAAUAUCAAGCCCAGCACUUGCUCAGCCUCUUUGCACGAUCAUGCAGGUGGCCUUAGUUGACUUACUUCGUAGCUGGGGGGUCCAAGCUGCUGGAGUUUGUGGCCACUCAAGCGGCGAAAUCGCCGCUGCAUACUGUGCCGGUGCCCUCACCCGUGAGGAAGCCUGGCGCAUAGCCUUCUUCCGAGGCUUGGUCUCAGAAAAGCUCGCAGCAUCUCCCGAUAGCACCGGAAACAUGAUGUCUGCGGGACUCAGUGAGCAGGAAGCUAAGGUUAUGAUCACGGAAGAAGGUCUGGAAGACCACGUUGAGAUCGCCUGCGUCAACAGCCCCGUGAACGUGACGCUCUCGGGCACCACCGGCGGCCUCGACAAGCUCUGGGAUCGACUGGAUUGCGACAAGAAGUUCGUGCGCAGGCUCAACGUUGGCGUUGCAUACCACUCCAAGCAGAUGCUGCAGGUCUCGAACGAAUAUCUCGCGCUUCUCCAGGACAUGCCGAUCAAAGGGCAGGCAGAGACCACACGCGGCGGCGGCCCUACCAUGUUCUCCUCUGUCACUGGCUCUCAGAUCGCUUCCCUUCACGAGCUUCGCAAUCCUGCAUACUGGGUUUCGAAUCUCACGGGAACUGUACGGUUCUCGGAUGCGUUGGCAGCAGAUGUCCAGCACUUUAACCUGCAGUCGCGACGAGGACUUCAGGUUCUCCUUGAAAUCGGGCCUCAAGGCGCUCUUCGCCGUCCUGUUCAAGACACUCUCACGCCGCUACUGGGUGGCAAAGACAGGUGGUUUUACACGACCUUGCUCGACCCGAAGCUUGACGACACAGUUGCUACCCUUGGCGGCAUAGCACGUUUGUGGUGUACAGGUCUGGAUGUCGAUCUUUCAAAAACAGUGUCGUCGCCCAAAUCGGAGGAAGAAAUACCCGAGCAACUCGUCGACCUCCCCGCAUAUCCCUUCAACCACAGCAAGCUCUAUUGGGAGGAGAGUAGGCUUUCUGAAAGAUUUGCGCACCGUCAACAUCGGCGCCACGCGCUUCUCGGCCUCCGAGCUCGUGAUUGGAAUUCCAACGAAGCGAGCUGGCGACACAUUAUCCGCUACGACGAGAACCCGUGGAUCCUGGAUCACGCAAUCAACGGCUCAGCUGUGUACCCCGGGUCUGGUAUGAUCGUCAUGGCCGUCGAAGGCGCGAGACAAAUGACCAGUCCCGAAUUCCAGAUCAAGAAUUACCGGGUUGUCAAAACGCGUUUUCUCCGCGCUGUCAGUGUUGACACCUCUGAGCGAGGUGUCGAAGCCCAGCUGCAUAUGCGUCCCCGUAAGGACAUCAACAACAGUACCCUGUCGAAGUGGUACGACUGGCGAGUCUUCACCGAGGGGAGCGGGCACGAGUGGCUUGAGGCGGCACAUGGCAGCAUCCAGGUUGAGUAUGACGACUCCGGUAUUCCAGGCGCCAUCAGCCGCGAGCAGCGACAACAUGCUACCAUAAAGAGACAGUACAACGAGAUUGUCGAUGCCUGCAGGUUCAAGACAUAUCCCGACCAGAUGUAUGGAAACAUGCGUCAACUCGGGCUCGGAUACGGACCUUUCUUUGCCCGACUGCACGACAUUGUCUACGACAGAGACGGACACGCAGCCGCCAGCUUGAAACUGCGUGAUUACGCAGAAAGAAUGGUUUACGCUGAAGAAGACCCUUGCGUCAUUCACCCCACAACUCUAGAUGCGUUGUGCCAUCUGCAAAUGGCGGCGCUCUCGGCCGGCGGACUCCGGCCGAUCCCCACGAUGAUGUUCACGCAUUGCCAGGAGAUGUGGAUCAGCAACAAGCUCUUCGACCUGCCCGGAAACCCUCUGAUGCACGCAGCAUCGACACAGACGAUGCGCGGCUUCCGAGAGAGCGAGUUCGACACCGUCGCGGUGCUGGACGGGACCAACGAGCCAGUGGUGGUGAUCCGCGGUGAGCGAGGCACCGCCAUCACGAGCCUGGACGAUGCCGGCGAGACGCAAGAAGCGGACGCUGCUUGCUACUCGCUGGAUUUCCGUGCGGAUCUGUCGCUCAUGGCCAGUUCGACAACGACACACAACUAUCUCAUGAAUCACACAUUCCGGCGCUUUGAGCUGCCGGACAAAGAUCUCAUGGACCGCGCCGACGCAUUGUCCAUCUUUUACGUUGAGCAAGUGCUUGAUCAGCUUGAAGCCGAAGGCAUGCCGCAGUAUGGGGACUACCGUGACUUGUACAUCAAGUGGAUGCAGCGCGCCAGAUCGCAACGAGAAAAGUACGUUCCCGCUUCCAGGGGAAGACAUGACUUGGAUGGAAAGGCCUUGGCUGCGUCCCCCGAGCCGACGGAGCCUACCACUCGUCUGGUUCAUAAAGUCGGCGAGAACUUGUACGACAUCCUCACUGGGAAAGCGAACGUCAUGGAAGUCUUGUUCGAAAACCGUCUUGUUGAUGAUUACUAUUCGGCCGAGAUGUUCAAGAUCCAUGCGCAUCGCGUCGGCGCUUACAUUGAAAUUCUCGCGCAUGCGAACCCUUACCUCAAGAUCCUUGAAAUCGGUGCGGGCACUGGAAGUUCCGCCGCUGGCGUUUUGCCGUACCUUGUAUAUGACCAAGGUAGCGGGAGGGAACUCAAACGUCUUUCCGAGUAUGUGUACACGGAUGUCUCAACUGGGUUUUUCGAGAAUGCCAGAGAACGCUUUGCGAAGUACUCUAGCGUCAUGACGUUCAAGAAGCUCGAUGUUGAGCAAGAUCCAGUGUCUCAAGGCUUCGAAGAAGGCAGAUAUGACAUCGUCAUUGCAGGCAACGUACUCCACGCCACCAGCGACAUGCACCAGUCCCUUCGCGCAGCCCGUAGCCUCUUGAAACCCGGAGGCAAACUCAUCAUGGUUGAGAUUUGCAACCCGGAGAGCAUCCGAGAAGGCCUAAUCUUCGGCUUGCUGCCCGGAUGGUGGCUGCGGACCGAGCGAGGGACGACUUGUGUCUACCCCAACCAGGGCCCCUUGUUGACCGAGGCGCAAUGGAACGAGGUCAUGAUUGACUGCGGCUUCUCCGGAGUUGAUAUGCAGUGGAGAGAUCACGAAGAGCUCCCGUAUCACCGUCUGACCACCAUUGUAGCCACCGCGGUUGAGCCGGCUCCAGAUGUGUUUCCCUCUUCGCGCCCGACGCCUAUGUGUUUUGUUGUAUACGACGAGACAUCAUGCUUACAGCGCAAUCUUUGUCAGGCUUUGGAAGACGAUGUGUUGGGGUCUGGAUCUUCUACUGCUACAGUCUCGGCUCUCUCUCCAAGUCAGGCAGCAACGACGGAUGUCACUGGUGCUACUGUCGUAUGUCUCUUGGAGUUGGACAAGAGCGUUUUGAGAAAGGUGGACGAGACUCAAAUCGAAGUCAUCAAGUCGCUCGCUCUGCGGGCCAAAAGUCUGCUUUGGGUGACAACUGGAGGCGGUCCGGAUACACUCAACCCUGACGCCGAGCUUUCAACCGGGUUUGGGCGUACGAUUUGUUCUGAACGGGGCGAGCAGGGCGUCCUCAUUGCCAGCUUGGCCUCAGAAUCAGUCAAGAACCCUCGCCGAGGCUCCGCACUACUCGCAAAGAUCCUCAGCAAAGUGCAGGAACAACAGGAAGGUGACAACGAUGGCUGGCAUGAGUCGGAGCUGGCCGAAUAUCAUGGCGUCUGGCAUAUUCCCAGGGUGGUUCCAAACGGCUCUCUCAACGAUUCCGUGGCGAGACGAAUCCUCAAGCCCGGGCCUCAGCCCUGCUUCAUCGGCCCCGAAGCGGAUCGUCGCAUCCGGCUCUCGAUCAACAAUCCUGGGCUUCUUGAUACUCUCCGGUUCAAAGAGAUACCCGACGCCGAGAAGCCGCUUACGGAGGACGAAGUCGAGAUUCAAGUCAUGUCUUCCAGCAUCAACUUCAAAGACGUCAUGAUUGCUUUGGGACAGAUCCCAGGCAACGGGUUCGGGUACGAUGGUGCUGGCAUCAUUUCGCGUGUUGGGCCCAAGUGCCAGCACACGAAAGUCGGGGACCGCGUCAUGUUUGUCUCUGUCACCGGGGCUUUCAGCACCUUCGUCCGCGUGUCCGAGCUCCAGACUCACCCCAUGCCGGACACGAUGCCCUUCACCGUGGCUGCGUCCAUCCCCGUGGUGUACUGCACUGCGCUGUACUCGAUCGAUUACGUCGCGCGUCUCCGCCCCGGGGAGAGCAUCUUGAUACACGCGGGGGCGGGCGGUGUUGGUCAGGCCGCCGUCAUGAUUGCCAAGCAGAGAGGCGCCACAAUCUAUGUCACUGCCGGCAGCCAAACCAAGCGCGAUCUGCUCGUCAACGAGUACGGUAUCCCACCAGAGAACAUCUUCAGCAGCCGCGACGCAUCCUUCUACGACGACAUCAUGUGUGCCACCAACGGUCGCGGCGUCGAUGUGGUUCUCAACUCGCUUGGCGGCGAGCUUCUUCAGCAGAGCUGGAGGUGUAUCAAGGUCUUUGGCCGCUUCGUUGAAAUCGGGAAAGCCGACAUUCUGCAGGACACAGGGCUGAGCAUGGCCUCGUUCGAUCGCAACGUGACGUUCUCGGCGGUGGACCUCAUCGUGGUGGUGGAAAACUCCCGCGAGCUGAUGAAGCAGGUUAUGACAGACGUCAUGGCCUUGUGGACUGAGCAUCCCGAAGACGUCCACGAACCCAGACCUCUCCAUGUCUACUCGGCCACUCAGUUUGAAGAGGCGAUGCGAUACCUUCAAAGCGGUAGAAACACCGGCAAGACAGUCAUCGACUGGUCUCAGCCUGCCCAGAUUGAGUUUCUUCCCGCCUUGAAGCCGAGUUACCAAUUCCACUCGGACGCAACCUAUGUCCUGGCCGGUGGUCUCGGUGGUCUGCCCAAGGCAAUCGUGCGCUGGAUGAUCGGCCGAGGGGCGAGGUACUUCCUGCUUUUGUCACGAUCGGGGGCCCAUGGAAAUUCAGACGCUCAAAAGUUCAUGGACGAGGUUGAGAGCCACGGCGCUCGGGUACUCGCCCCUGCUUGCGACAUUUCCAAUCGUCAGACUUUAGAGGCAAUUCUCCUCCAGACACCCCGGGAUUUCCCUCCCAUCAGGGGCUGCAUUCAAGGUGCCAUGGUGCUUCACGACGAGCUGCUGGAAAACAUGACGGCCAGUGUUUGGAACGAGCCUCUCGAAUCCAAAUACUGGGGCUCGCGCAAUCUUGGUGAGAUACUACCACCCGACCUCGACUUCUACAUCAUGUUAUCUUCGUUUGCGGGUGUCAUGGGGAACCGUGGCCAGAGCAAUUAUGCUGCUGGCAACACCUAUCAGGAUGGCUUGGCGCGCCAUCUUGUUUCUCAACGUAGGCAACGCGCCGUGUCUGUGAAUCUCGGCUUGAUUCUCGAGACCGGUUCGGCCAACUCGAAUUACUUCUUCGUUCAGUCUACACUUCGCGCAGGAUUCUCCGGAGUCACCCAAGACCAACUCCUGGGCUUGCUUGACGCUCUCUGCGACCCGAGCUAUGACAACUCCAGUCCUUCGUUCGCGCAGGUGGUACACAUCGCAGACAGUCCAAAGACCCUCUGGGAAAAGGGACACGAGAGUGUCUUGGGCUGGAUGACGAAGCCUCUGUUUCGCAAUCUACACCGUCUGGGAGCCCAGUACGAAGCAGAGGAGGGCAAAGUUGGCGGGUCAUCGGGGACCGAGGUUGAUUAUUUGGCCGAAGUCAAGAGCGCCGAGUCGGCUGACCUGGCUGGGGACAUCAUCGCCAAAGCGCUGAUAACGAAGUUGGCGAAAUCGCUGUCACUCAACGAAACAGAUCUGGACCCGAGCAUGCCCGUCUUCAAAAUGGGAGUCGAUUCACUCAUCGCCGUGGAAGUGAGAUAUUGGUUCUUGAAAACAUUUGGCGCGCAGGUCGCCGUCUUCAGCAUUUUGAAAGAUCAGAGCAUGAACGACUUGUGUCUCUCGGUCGCAAUGGAUAUUAAGAAGUAA